AUGAUGUCAUUGAUGGCCAAAGGUAGUCUUACAUUUUCCAUUCGUAAAUACGGAGUGUCAUCAGAGCAGGGAUCUCGAAAAACAAUGGAAGAUCAGCAUGCGAUGGUUGCUGAAACCAUUCCUUUCUUUGGUGUAUAUGAUGGCCAUGGUGGCACGCAGUGUGCUGAGUUUCUUCGCGAUAACUUACACACGUUUAUUCUUAGUCGACCGGAUGUCAUGACAGACCCCGAGCAUGCAAUACGUGCUGGGAUAGCCACAGCUGAGAGGGUAUUCCUCGCCAAGUGCGCAAAUGAAAAGAUUGAAUCUGGCAGCACAUGCGCAAUUGCUAUGAUUGUUGACGAUACACUAGUGACUGGAAAUGUCGGUGAUACUGAGAUAGUACUGUGUCGUGCAGGGUCUCCACUAUUGUUAUCAACAAAACACAGUCUACACUGCGGUGAGGCGAUUGGUGUGGCAUUGCCGAAUUUCAGAAACAUAUUAUCUUAA